UCAUUUCAAAUACUGAGUCUAGAAUUUUCUAGACAUGAACCAUUCAUAUAUCAUUUUGUCAAUGCUUGUAACUAAGAAGGCACAACUUUCUACUAUAAAACAUCAUUAAGUUGUGGAUUACAUGCAUAACAAAUUAUAGAAAUAUUUUGUAUUACUAUGGAAGAGGAAAACGAGACGUUUCUUCCAUUACAACAUCUUCGUUUAGAGGACGAAAAUAACGAUCAAGAUCAAGAAGACGGCUCUUCUUCGCCAGAUAUUCGAAACGAAGAGGACGAAUUGAAUGAUGAACACGAAGAAGAAAACUCUAAAAUAAGCCGGGUCAAAGAAAUACACGAGAUAACCGGGUAUGAAUUUCACGACCCGAAUCUCUUGCAACAAGCAUUCACACAUCACUCCUACAAAGAGGGCAUUUGCCCAUCCUUCGAGCGCCUUGCCUUUGUUGGGGAUGCGGUUUUGGAUCUCUUUUUUGCCACAGAUCACUACUCAUUGUAUCCGGAUUUGGAUCCGGGUAAACUGACGAGGCUCCGGGCAGCCAAUGUGGACACUGAGAAGCUCGCACGUGUGGCGUUGAAGCACCACUUGCACACGCUUCUACGCCAUGAUAUGUUUUUACUUGCAGCACAAAUUGAAGAAUUUGAGAAAGCAGUAAACGAAUAUCCCGUGCAUUCAUCGGGAUUAAUUGAUGCCCCGAAGGUGCUCGCCGACAUUGUUGAGUCAUUGGUUGGAGCCAUUUAUAUCGACUCCGAUUCCUCCAUGGACACAACAUGCAAGAUAGUGAAGAAUUUGUUGGAACCAAUAAUCAGUCCAGCAAGUCUUCCGACACAACCGGUGACACUGCUGUACGAAAUCUGCCAAAGGGAAAAGUUGACAUUGAAAAUGAGAGACACGUGGAAAGAAACCGGAGAGAUCGAGUUUCUGAUAGUAAAAGAAGAACAAGAAGAACUCGCUGUCGUUAAUAACGUCGGUAGGGCAAAGUACAGCGGCAAGAAGGUUAUUGCUAAAAACAGAGCUGCUCUUAAUGCAUACUCCCAAAUCAUACAAAUGCUCAAUCAUCAAUCUUGAAUCUUGGUGCACAUAAAUUAACCACCAUUGACUCGGGUACUUGCAAUACUCUUAUCGGGGCGAACCUCGAUUUUUUUUUCGCGCAAUCGGCACUAUUAUAAUAUUAGGAAAAAAAGAAUCUUGAUGUAAUUGAUAAUAACCGAAUUGCACCAUUAGUUUAUGCAAUAGUAUAUAAUCGUUGUUCCGU